AUGGCUGCCCGUGACGAGAGUAAAGACGGUGAUGACAGCAUCCUGGAGCCGUUGUGUUUUCCAGAGCAGUCAGCUGAUGAUGAGUCCAGUGCUCCCAGUGCUCCCAGUCUGCAGCAGCGUCCCAGCACGGAGCUGCUGGUGUGUCUGUUCUGUUCUGAGUUUGAGCAGAAAGACGUUCUCCUCAAACAUCUGCUGCUGCAGCACAAGCUCGUCAUCGCCGACGUCAAACUCAUCGCAGACCUGCCAAAGUACAUGCUCUACUGGAAAGGCAGAUUCUUGGAGCAGCCCGUCACAGAUUUCUGCAGCGUCAUCAAGACGAACUCCACCGGCCCCGUCGAGAAACAGGAGGACUACUUCCUGCUGUGUGACGUUCUUCCAGAAGACCGAAUCCUCCGAGAGAAUCUGCAGCAGAAACGACUGGAGGAAGUGUUGGAGCAGCAGCAGAAGGAGAGAGACGACAGCAGCUUCCAUCGUGUCUGCAUGUUCUGCAGCGACGAAUUCUCUGGAAACAGGUCGUCUCUGUUGAACCACAUGGCCAGAGAACAUUCCUUCAGCAUCGGGCUGCCGGACAACAUCGUCUACUGCGACGACUUCCUCAACACUCUGCAGUGCAAACUGGACAAUCUGCAGUGUUUGUACUGUGAGAAAACCUUCAGAGAUAAAACCACGCUGAAGGAUCACAUGAGGAAGAAAGCUCACCGCCGCAUCAACGCCAACAACCACGAAUACGACCGAUUCUACAUCAUCAACUAUCUGGAGCUGGGGAAGACCUGGGAGGAAGUGCAGAGCGAAGACGACAGAGAGCUGGUGGAUGAAGAGGACGAUGAUUGGUCGGACUGGCAGGCUCAUCCCGUCUCUGCUGUGUGUCUGUUCUGUGAUCAUCAGUCUGAGACCAUGGAGCAGAUCUACACACACAUGAAGGAAACUCAUGACUUUGAUCUCCAUAAGUUGAGGAUUGAACUCAAUCUCAGGUUCUACCAGCAGGUCAAACUGGUGAACUACAUCCGGCGUCAGAUCCAUCAGAGCCGUUGCUACGGCUGCCAGGAGAAGUUCGACUCCAGAGCCGACGUCCUGCGUCACAUCGUGGCCGAGGGUCACGCCAUGAAGCUGCCGGACAUUUCAACCUGGGACCAACCGCAAUAUUACUUUCCUACGUACGAGAACGACGCCCUCCUGUGCACGCUGUCCGACAGCGACGACGACGACCAUAGCAACAAGCCGAAUCACGGAGAGGAGAUCCCGGUGAUCGCUGAGGACAUCUCUAAUCUCAGAGCGCUCAAACAGACGAGCGUCCUCAACCAGCUGCUGAAGAACAGAGGAUCCUGCAGCUGAGACACAGUGAGGACUUCUGGACAAUAAACCUCGGAGCACUUAUGGACAGGAGCACUGUGAAAAACUCAUUCAUGCAGCCUGAGCGUGCACUUUAAGACUCACUUACAUCUUUCCCUCCUAAUCUGUCAUCUGUCCAUCAAAGGCUUAAAAUCCCCCCGAAAAUCUACAUAUGUACAAAAACAGCACUAAGUCCCUGAGCUGUGACACAUCACACACAAGAUUUAACCUUCCUGUCGUCCUCCCGGGUCAAAUUGACCCCGUCUGUUUGGACUGUUCCUUCUUUCCUUCCGUCUGUCCUUCCUCCCUCUCUCCUUUCUCCCUCCCUACUUCCUUCUUUCCUCUGUCCUUCUUUUCCUUUCUCUCUCCCUCCCUCCUUCCUUCUUUC